AUGAACUUGAAACUUUUAAAGAAGUCUGUAAUAAUAACAAAUUCUUUACUUUUGUUAGUAGGCCUGUUCUUUAUCAUUUAUCCAGCUAUUUUAUAUUAAUAAUAUGCUUAUACUACUUAUACCAAUAACCUUUUCUCUGGUAUUUUAAUAUUUGGAAUAGUCUUAGGAGUUUUUCUAAUUUUAUGGACUCUUUUUGGAGUUUUAGCUGCUUAAAAAAAUAAUACUAUGAUAUAAGCUGCGUAUAACGUAGGAAUAAUAAUGUUAUUUUUAUUAUCUAUUGCUAUUCUAGCAAUAAGCUGUAUAGUUUAAUAUGAAGUUCCAAGUUAUAAAAAUGAUGAAAAAUGUACAUAAUAGUCAAUUUUAAUAUAGUUGUAAUAGCUGAAUCAUAAAUCAAGUUUAACUUUAUGCCAAAAUGAUUGUUUAUGCAACUUUAAAGGAACUUAAGAAGAAGCUGAUAAAUUAGGAAUUAAUAAUUUUAACCAUAAGGACUCUAGUCCAGUUAGAGUAUAAGAUUGCCAAAUUUUUGAAGAUUUUUAAUUUGAAAAUCAAAGUGAAAAUAGUGAAGUUCUUAAAUUUUUAGAAGAAUUAUUUGGCUGCAGUGGAUUUUGUUCAUAAAAUUCAUAUUAUUUAUUUAGUGACUUAAAUGAUGGAAUACCUAAUGGUGACUGUAAAGUUCAUGUAAUAAAUUUUGUUGAAGAUAAUAUAAUAGCUAUUGUAAUUUCAUCUUCAUUUAUUACUGUCUUAUUAUUAGUGUCUCUUAUAUUUAACAUUCUUUUUUAUCUAGAAUUGCUUAAGUCUAGGUACUCUAGUAAAUGA